UAUUAUUAUUAUUAUUUACAUAUAAUAUAUUAUUAGUAUAGCACAAUACUGGCAAUAAAUUACUAUAUUGUACUAUAUCAAUAAUACAAUAUAUUGAUAUAGUACAAUAUAGUAAUUUAUUGCCAGUAUUGUAUUGCCAUUAUUAUUAUUAUAUAUUCCAUGACAGCCAGCGUUCGCAAGUUUUUGAACCAUCCCAAGGUUUUAAUUACAAGCAGGCAGGUAGUCGUUGCAGGCCUUAAUAUUUUCGAAUGGUGGAGAAUAUACUGUUAAUAAUACUGUUGUGAUCGUUGUGAUGAUGAUGGUGGUUUUUUGGUGGGUGCUGAUCUGGGCUUGUUUUGUCCUCCGGACCUUGAGCUCAACAGCAUUUGUUCCCUCCUCCUUUGCGCCUUCCUUCCUUCCUUCCUUCCUUUUGGGGCAUCCAAGGCCUGUCCGCAGACUGACUGACUGACUGACUGACGGACAGGCGAGAGGGAGGGCGGGAGGAGGAGGAGGAGGAGGACAAUGGGCCCUUGUGCUCAUCCCGGGGCACAGAAGGCGGCUCUGUCCUGGGCCUCGGGAGGAGCCGCGGAGCUCUACCUGCCGGCCAGGUGAGCCCAGGAGGAGCUGGAGCGCGGCCAGGUGCGUCCUCCUCGUCCCAGUCCAAAAAAGGGUCCCCGGGUGGCCUCUGCUGCGGGGAGAGCGAGCCACGUCGGAGGAGGAGGAGGGAUUGCAACCGCCAGGUAAACAGGUAAGUCCGACUUGGCAAGACCUGCCCUCCCUCCCAGGUGUCAGAAAUUGGGUUCUGGGGUCUCCUUGUUCUCCCAAGCUCUGUGGCAGAGUCUACAAGGGGUUUCCCAGGUGAAGGAGGGAGGACAGGGAGGGCGCCACGGGGCUGGCGAGAGCUUCAUUGAGAUGCAACCAGGUCAGCCUCCCUCCCAGGUGUCGGAACCGCCUCCAGGUUGGGUUCUGGGGUCUCCUCGUUCUCCCAAGUCUAGAAGGGGCUUCCCAGGUGAAGGAGGGAGGACAGGGCAGGCACCACGGGGCUGGCAAGAACCUCAUUGAGAUGCAACCAAGUCAGCCCUCCCAGGUGUCAGAACCGCCUCCAGAUGGGUUCUGGGGUCUCCUUGUUCUCCCAAGCUCUGUGGCGGAGUCUACAAGGGGUUUCCCAGGUGAAGGAGGGAGGACAGGGAAGGCGCCACGGGGCCGGCGAGAGCUUCAUUGAGAUGCAACCGGGCCAGCCUCCCUCCCAGGUGUCAGAACCGCCCCCAGGCUGGGUUCUAGAUCUCCUUUUUCUCCCAAACCCUGCGGCAGAGCCUGGAAGGGGCUUCCAAGGUGAAGGAGGGAGGACAGGGAGUGCGCCACGAGACAAACGAGAGCCUCAUUGAGAUGCAACCAGGUCAGCCUCCCUCCCAGGUGUCAGAACCGCCUCCAGGUUGGGUUCUGGGGUCUCCUCGUUCUCAGAAGUCUAAAAGGGGCUUCCAAGGUGAAGGAGGGAGUACAGGGAGGGCGCCACGGGGCUGGCGAGAGCCUCAUUGAGAUGCAACCAGGACAGCCUCCCUACCUCCGCGGACUCUGAUCGGGUUCCCUUCCUCUGUCCAGGGCCAUGGAGACCGCGGUGGUCAAGGCGGCCGGAGAGGGGCAACCCCGCAAGCGCCGAUGGGCCCGGGUGGCCGUGGGGACGGUCCUGGCUAGUGCCCUCCUGGCCGCAGCCACCGCCGCCCUCCUGGCCUGCCUGGCGCGGCCUGGCCACGGGGUCCCCACCGCUGCCACCAUUGCAGGCCCAGGAAGCGGCUUCUCUGUCUCCGAAAUGGCCCUGAAGUCCGGACGAUGUCCGGGCAAGGCCUCCUUCUCCUGCCGCAGCGGCCAGUGCGUCCCGUGGCAGAACUCCGAGUGCGACGGGCGCAAGGACUGCCUGGACGGCUCCGACGAGGACGGCUGCGAUUGCGGAGGGCGGCCAGCCCUGGGUGCGUCGCAGCAGCGCAUCGUGGGGGGCUCGCAGGCCUCGCGGGGGGAGUUCCCGUGGCAGGUCAGCCUCCGGGAGAACGGGGAGCACUUCUGCGGGGCCGCCGUCCUGGGCCCCACCUGGCUGGUCUCGGCCGCGCACUGCUUCAACGAGUUCCAGGAUCCCGGGACGUGGACGGCGCACGGCGGGAGCGUCUGGUUGAGCGGCGGCGGCAAAGGAGAGGAGGGUUCCCAGGCGCCCGUGGGUCGCAUCCUGCGCCACCCCUCCUACGACGCCGACUCCGCCGACUAUGACCUGGCGCUGCUGCAGCUCUCGGCCCCCCUCGGCCCCUCCCGCUUCGUCCAGCCCGUCUGCCUCCCGGCCGCCGGACACGCCUUCCCCGCCGGCAGGAAGUGCCUCAUCUCCGGCUGGGGAUACCUCCGGGAGGACUUCCUGGUGAAGCCGGAGCUGCUGCAAAAGGCCACGGUGGAGCUGCUGGACCAGGCGCUGUGCGACGGCCUCUACAGCAACGCCUUGACCGACCGGAUGCUCUGCGCGGGAUACUUGGAGGGCAAGGUGGACUCCUGCCAGGGGGACUCCGGAGGCCCCUUGGUCUGUCCGGAGCCUUCCGGGCGCUUCUUCCUGGCCGGCAUCGUCAGCUGGGGCAUCGGCUGCGCGGAGGCCAGGCGCCCGGGGGUCUACACGCGCAUCACCAGGCUCCGGGACUGGAUCCGGGACACGAUGGACUCCGCCUCCGCCACUUCCGUGCCCCCUUCUCUCCCGUCGACGGUUGCAUCCUCCUCAACAUGGGACCCCCCCUCCACCACGUCCGGGCGGCCGACGGACACAACCCCCCUGCCCCCCAAUGAGUGCGGCCGCCGCCCAGGCUUCUCCAAGCCCCAGAGGGUCGUGGGGGGCACCGCCGCCCUUCACGGGGAGGUCCCGUGGCAGGUGAGCCUGAAGGAGGAGGGGCUGCGGCACUUCUGCGGGGCCGCCGUCAUCGCCCCCCGCUGGCUGCUCUCGGCCGCCCACUGCUUCAACCAGACCAAGCCGGGCCGUGUGACAGCCUUUGCGGGCAGCACGCUUCUCUCCGUGUCCGAGAGCGGCUCCGUCAAGGCGGGCAUCCGGCGGGUGCUGCCCCACCCCUCCUUCCGCCCCGGCCGGCCGGACUUCGACGUGGCCCUCGUGGAGCUGCUGCGGCCCCUGCCCUUCGGGGCGAGCGUCCAGCCCGUCUGCCUCCCGCCCGCCGGCCCCAAGUUCCCUCUCGGCAGGAAGUGCUUCGUCUCCGGCUGGGGGAGCCUCCGGGAUGGUGACGCCCCCCGGCCGGAGACCCUGCAACUCGCCUCGGUGCGGAUCGUGGAGCAGGCGGCCUGCAGCGCCCUGUACGGCUUCUCCCUCACGGAGCAGAUCAUCUGCGCCGGGUUCCUGGAGGGGAAGGCGGGGGCUUGCCAGGGCGACUCCGGGGGUCCCUUGGCGUGUGAGGAGGCCCCCGGCGUGUUCUCCCUGGCCGGGCUGGUCAGCUGGGGAGUGGGCUGCACUCCGGCCAAGCGCCCCAGGGUCUACGCCCGCGUCAGCCGCUUCACGGGGUGGAUCCUGGAGACCGUGGCCGCCCCCGUGGGACCCUCCUCUCCCCCCAAGAAGGGCCGGACCACCACCGCCGUCGCCGUGGCCCACUCCUCCUUGACCUCCACCUCUGGUCAGAGCUCGACGUGGCCGGACUCCACCAGUACCCGUCUCCGUACGACCGGACUCCCGGAGGUCACCCCGAUGCCAGAGUGUGGCCGGUCCCCCUCCCGGUGGCUGGGCCGGAUCGUGGGGGGCAGCGGGGCCCGGCGGGGGGAGUGGCCGUGGCAGGCGAGCCUCCAGCUGCGUCGCGGGAAGAGGGCGGAGCACAAGUGCGGUGCUGUCCUGGUGGCCCCGCAGUGGCUCCUCUCGGCCGCCCACUGCUUCGACCUGCACGGCGACCCCUCCUCGUGGCUGGCGGUGCUGGGGACGCCCUUCCUGGAGGAGGCGGACGGAGAGGCGGAGACGCGUGGGGUGUCGCACCUGCUCCGCCACCCCUUCUACAACGGCGUCACGCUGGACUACGACCUGGCCCUGCUGCGCCUGGACCGCCCCCUGCGCCCCUCGCCCGCCGUCCGGCCCGUCUGCCUCCCCGGCCGCGGACCCCCACCGCCCCCCGGGGCCCCCUGCGUCAUCACCGGGUGGGGGUCCACCCACGAGGGAGGGCCGAUGUCGCGUCGGCUGCAGCAGGCGAGGGUGGCGGUGGUGGCGGAGGCCGAGUGCCGGCGCUUCUACCCGGUGCAGAUCAGCAGCCGCAUGCUGUGCGCGGGGUCCCCCCGGUGGGCCGUCGACAGCUGCUCCGGUGACGCGGGGGGCCCGCUGGCCUGCCGGGACCCCUCCUCCUCCUCCUGGGUCCUGGCCGGAGUCACCAGCUGGGGCUACGGGUGCGCCCGGCCCGCCUUCCCCGGGGUCUACGCCAGCGUGGCCCCCGCCCGGGGCUGGAUCCGCCAGCACCUCCGCCCCUGAGACCACCCGUCUGGAAUAAAGAGAGACCCCUCCUCA